CGUACCCCAGCUCGAACCAUCCUCGAAGUCCGACUCCGGUACCGGAUCGCACUGGUUCGCGCCGGUCUCUGGAAAAAAACCCGCCAAAAACAACCAAAAUUCGAGUGGAUUCCACGUAACCAUUAAGUAAAUUCCAGUGCUUUGCGGUUACCAAUACACAACCAAUACAAUACAAAGAUCGGGUUAACUGAGAUUGCAUCGCUUCGCCGAAGUUUGAAUCAUCCCGUAUCAAUCGAGCCCACCCCAGCUUAGCCGAUCACUACACAGAUUAUACCAGUUUCCUUCUAAUUAUCGCGACUUUUAUAAAGUUCGGAAAUCGGCAGCGUAUCGUUUCAUUUCCAAGUCCGAUCCGCGUACGAACGGAGCUUUGGCGGACACUCGAAAGCUUUUCGUUAUCGGGACGUAUAGUCUGGACAUAAUUCGUUAUUGACGCGCGUUGUGGGGAAAAAAUGUAGUCGGGUCUAACUUGUUUUAAACGCGACUGUUAUCACGAAAAAACCGCGAUAUGGAGGGACGUUUAAACGGCGCGAUGGCAUACGAAAAUAGCGGUUUCCAAUUGCAAGAAUCGAACGUCAACCACGCGAGAAAAAGCUCGUCGUACAAAGGGGGGCUUCAAGACAAGAGGCGGCGGAUAUCGCUGGUGAACAUCACCAAGGAGGUGUUCCCCAGGUUCGAGAACUACAGGAACUCGAAGAAGGCGGCCAAGAGGCCUUCGCUGGGCGAGCUUCACGGCGCAGAGGAUUAUAUAAAGGAAGCCAGCGGCACCGACUCGUUGGACCAAUCCCCCAAUCAUGAAGGCGUCAAACUCGGCUGGAUACAGGGCGUUCUCAUCCCCUGCAUGCUUAACAUAUUCGGCGUUAUGUUAUUUUUGCGGGUCUCCUGGGUAGUCGCCGAAGCAGGAACAGGUUUAUCAAUGAUAAUCAUCCUCAUUUCUGCGGUCGUUUGUAUCAUAACGACGCUGUCAUUAUCGGCAAUAUGCACCAAUGGAGAAGUAAAAGGAGGAGGAAUAUACUACUUGAUAUCACGAUCCCUGGGUCCCGAAUUUGGAGCGUCGGUCGGCAUAGUUUUUGCAUUUGCCAAUGCCGUCAACGCUUCGAUGAACACUAUCGGCUUUUGCAACUCGGUUAGCGACCUAUUUAAGAAGUACGAUAUACCCCUGAUCGACUAUGGAGUCAAUGACGCUAGAGUUAUAGGUACGGUAGCAACGGUUGUGAUGGUAAUUAUAUGCGCGAUCGGUAUGGAAUGGGAGAGCAAGGCCCAGAACUUUCUAAUAGCGAUUAUUUCGGCCGCCAUGUUGGACUUCGUCGUCGGCACGAUAUUGGGGCCCCGGGGUGACUUGCAGCAGGCCCAAGGAUUUACCGGAUUUAAUGCUACUGUUUGGGAAGCAAACUGGGCACCCCAAUACAGAGACUCGGAGGGGGAGAGCUACGAUUUCUUCAAAGUUUUCGCCAUAUUUUUCCCUUCGGUUACGGGGAUUCAAGCCGGUGCUAACAUUUCAGGGGAUCUAAAGGAUCCCGCCACCGCCAUCCCAAAGGGAACGUUCCUGGCAUUGCUGAUAACUAUGCUCUCUUACGCGUUGUUCAUGUUGUUCGCCGGUGGCGCCGCCAUGAGGGACGCAAGCGGAAAUACCGCCGACCUGAUCAACGGUACAGUCGCGAACUGCGCCGUUGGCGGAAAAUGCGAUUGGGGACUUUUCAACAACUACCAGAUGAUGACCAUUAUGUCGAGCUGGGAACCACUAAUUUACGCGGGUUGCUGGGCAGCGUGCCUGAGCACCGCCCUGACGAACUUGCUUUCCGUGCCCAGGCUCAUCCAAGCCCUCGGCAUCGAUCAGAUUUAUCCAGGGUUGAUUUACUUUUCCAAAGGGUACGGAAAGGCAGGGGAGCCGUAUAGAGGUUACGUCCUCACGUUCUUCGUGUCUGUUGCGUUUCUUUUGAUCGGCGAGCUAAACGCGAUUGCCCCACUGAUUUCAAACUUCUACCUGGCGUCUUACGCGCUCAUCAACUUCUGCACCUUCCACGCGGCGUUGAUAAAACCCCUUGGCUGGAGGCCCACGUUCAAGUAUUACAAUUUGUGGCUCAGUCUGUUCGGGUUCAUCGCUUGCGUAGUGAUCAUGUUUCUGAUCAACUGGAAGACGUCACUGAUCACGUUCAUAGUGAUCCUCGGCCUAUAUUUGGUCGUCGUCUAUCGUAAACCGGAUGUAAACUGGGGCUCGUCCACGCAAGCGCAGACCUAUAAAACGGCUCUUUCGACGGCACAGAAGCUGAACAACGUAGGCGAGCACGUCAAGAAUUACAAACCCCAAGUGCUGGUACUUUGCGGGGCACCCAAACACCGCCCUCCGCUACUGGACUUCGCCAAUUUGAUUACCAAGAAUCAUUCGUUGUUGAUCGUAGGAGACGUUAUUGAGGAAAAAAUAUCGCACAAGGGCCGGUCCCGGCGGAUCCAGGACGGGUACGCAUUCCUCAAGGGCAAUAAAAUCAAAGCGUUCUACAACGUAAUCGACAGCAUGAAAUUCGAAACAGGUGCCAAGGCUCUCCUGCAAGCCUCGGGGAUCGGCAAGCUCGUGCCCAACGUCAUGAUGAUGGGGUACAAAAACGACUGGUCGAAUUGUCCACGAUCGCAGCUCAUCGCAUACUUCAACGUAUUACAUGCCGCGUUCGACCACCAUCUGGCUGUGGCGAUCCUAAGGGUGAAGGGAGGCUUCGACUAUAGCACGCUGACCGAGCUAGACGAAACCAUUCAGUCUGACUGCGGCACAUUGCACAACCAAUCCAUGCCGAACCUGCGCACGUCGAUCAGCAGCCCAACCAUGAUGCAUACGGACUCGAAUCUUAGUUUGGUGAACAUCGACAACCCCAACGGUAACAAAACAACCCCCAAUUACAUCCUCGGCGACCAUAAGCUUCAGUCUACAGAGACGAUAACGGACCUGACGUCGAGUCAGCUGAAGAGCAAAAAGGCCCAAGCGAAACUGGAAGUGGUGUUGAGCAUGUCGAACGAGGAAUUGUUUCACGUGGAGGAAAUGAACAGGUUCAGGAAAAAACAGGACAAAGGAUUUAUAGACGUGUGGUGGUUGUACGAUGAUGGUGGGUUGACCAUGCUGCUGCCGUACAUCAUUUCCACAAGGCACGACUGGUCCAGCUGCAAACUGAGAGUGUUUGGACUUGCGAGCAACAAGAACGACAUCGCUUUGGAAGAGAGAAACAUGGCACACAUGCUUUCGAAAUUCCGACUGCAGUAUUCGUCGCUCAAAAUGGUGUCGCUCAGCGAUAAGCCGCAGGAGCGGACGAUCGAGUUUUUCAAUAAUAUGCUGAAAGAGUUUAGGAUUCAGAACGACGCUGAAAGUGAUUGCCGAGUGAGUGAGAGGGAAUUCGCUGCAAAUCAAGACAAAACUUACCGUCAGCUGAGGCUGAGAGAACUCCUGCUGGAGAACUCGAGCGCCGCAAACUUAGUAGUGAUGUCAUUGCCGAUGCCGAGAAAAGGAUUUUCGGCGCCUCUGUACAUGGCAUGGUUGGAAGCGUUAACCAGAGACAUGCCGCCAUUCCUGCUGGUCAGAGGGAACCAACAGUCGGUGUUGACGUUUUAUUCGUAACCAUUGUCUUUACCAAACCAAGUAUUUCCUAACCACCGUAGCGUAGAUUUGUAAAAUUAAGUAUGUUUUGUACGAGUAAACGCAAUAAACCUAG